ACGUGACUAAAUAUAUCUACUACAUAAAUAAAGUUUAAAUCAAAUGUAAAAAAAUAUCUACUAUAUACUACGUUUCCCAUGAACACAAUUGAACCGGAACAAGAUAUACGUCAUAUUUAUGCGGAAGAGGAAGAGCUGGAGACAGAAAUGUGAGCGUAACGGCGUGGUUUUGAAACAUAACUGUUCCUCCAUUCAGGAUUUGAAAGUCAAUAUAUGAGCUAUCAAACAUGUCUACAGCCAAGCACAGGAUGCGCGAUAAGAAGAUGAGGAACCAGCCGAUCAACGUCACCUAUUCCUCCCAGGGCAGCUCACACUGGAGGAACGGAGGGGACACCCUUACAGGUCGAGGCCAUGAUCUGUCUCCACAUCCAUGGGGCCAGGGGUCCUCCCACUCAGGCCAUGCCCAGAGAGGGGGCUGGGUCCGGGGCCACCAGAGAGAAGGACACGGGGGAUACCCGCAGGCUCUGCCCACACACAUCACUGCCUCAGCGUUUGCCAAGGCCCGGGCUGCAGAGGUGAACGCCAUGUUGAUGGCCGUCACCAAGACAACGGGCAGCUCCCAUGUGUUCGGAGCUCUUCCUAAACACAUGAGGAGGAGGGCCAUGAGUCAUAACACCAAGAGACUGCCCUGCAGGCUGAGAGACAUGGCCAACAACAUGUUGGAGAAGAGUCAGAAGGCUGGUCAGAAGGUGAAGAAGGAACAGUCCAAGAGCAAGAGCCGUAAAGCCCGGCGUCGCCACGGCAACAUGCUCCUGGAGUUCAACCGCCGCCAGCGGAAGAACCUGUGGCUGGAGACGCACAUCUGGCACGCCAAGCGCUUCCACGUGGUCAAGAGAUGGGGCUACUGUCUGGGAGACAGGCCAACCUACAAGUGUUACAGAGCCUGCUACAGAGCCAUGAGCUCCCACUGUCUCCUACAGGACAUGUCGUACUACUGCUGUGUGGAGUUACAGGGGCCAGGGGAACAGCUGUUAGCUGCUCUGUCUAAGCUGACCAGCAAGGAAACUGGGCCUACGUUUGCAGCAGCCAUGUGUGUGUCAGGCAGGAGACAGGGCAGUGUGGUGGUGUACCGAGCAGGACAGUACCCUCGCCAGCCCCUGGGGCCUGUCACGUUCCUCUGGAGGCCCACAACGCAGGGCCGGGGGGGCCAGGAGGACCAGGGCUCCCAGGGAUCAACACACAGACAGCUGUGGAUCUGGGCUCACCCCGCCAUGAAAACGGACCUCCUCCCAGAGCUGCAGGCUGUCUGUCAGUGUUCUGAGGCUGUCCUUCCACCUGCUCCAGUGGACCCUGUCCCACAGCCAGCCCCUACCCCCACCUUGGCCCCCGGUCCUGGGGCUGGUCCUGAGGCGGUGCAGGCCUCUGGUUCUGGUUCUAAGAGGAAGUGGUCCUCCAAGGAGCCUGAGGCUGCUGGGCCACCAGCCAAGAAGCUCCUGGGAUACAGUACCAUUUCUGCUACCACACCCGUAACCUGGAGGUCCAGUACCACUGGUAUAGUCAUCAGUGACCUCACCAUGGAGAUGGUGCGGUAUCGUCUGAUUGGACCUCUAUCACAUUCCGUUCUGACUGAAACCCUGGCCCCUGCCACACACUGUGAUGCUCCAGGUAAAUCCAGACCAUCUCCCUUCUGGUGGCCAGAUCACUGCAGAGAGACUACAUGUCUCUUCAUCAACAACAAGCUGGUGUUUCAACAUGCUCACAGGAGAGACCCUCCUUGUCCUGUCUCCCCUCCAAAGCGUACCUCAUGUCUGUCCUGUCUCCCCUCCAAAGCGUACCUCAUGUCUGUCCUGUCUCUCCUCCCCUCCAAAGCGUACCUCAUGUCUGUCCUGUCUCUCCUCCCCUCCAAAGCGUACCUCAUGUCUGUCCUGUCUCUCCUCCCCUCCAAAGCGUACCUCAUGUCUCUCCUGUCUCCCCUCCAAAGCGUACCUCAUGUCUGUCCUGUCUCCCCUCCAAAGCGUACCUCAUGCCUGUCCUGUCUCCCCUCCAAAGCGUACCUCAUGUCUGUCCUGUCUCUCCUCCCCUCAGGUGUGUACUCCACAGCAGAGGUCCCAGCCGGCUCAGUUCUGGGUCUGACGGUGGAUGACCCCAGAUUGACCUUACCAAACAAGAGAAGCAAGGCCGUGUCUGACAUCAGGAAGGCACAAGGAGUGAACGAGGAGAGGAGGAGGGAACUGAUGUUGAAGGGGAUCCCUGAACCGCUCAGCCAGAGUUCCCUGUGGGACCGGUCGGUCCGCGACAACGUCACACACAACAAGAUGACAGACCAGGAAGUAAACAGACUGCGUAAUGAUGUUCUGGUCCCAGGCUCCAGACUCCCCACCCCCCUGCAGGGUAGAGUACCCGUCCUACUGGUGCAGCAGUCUGGGAAGAGCCAGGGCACAGAGAUGGGGUCCUGGGGGCGGGAUGGGACCUGCUGCUACCCAAGGCCUGGGGCAUGGCCUUCUGGGUCCCUCUGGCGCCCGCCAGCCAAACGGACCAAUUACAUCAAACAUGGCUGCCUGGCUCCGUUCCGUUGUCCCUGGCAACAGCUGGUCGAGGAGUGGGAGCUGAUCGUGAAGGAGGAAGGAGGAGGAGGAGAGGAGGCGGUCGCAUCAAUGGAACAGGAAGUGACACCACCACAGAGUAACUUCACAGUCUUGAGGAACAGGAAGUCUCUAAGGCAGCUGUCCGCUUGGUGUCGCCCACAUCCUCUAAAUGUCAGAGGUCACGUAACCCGGGAUCAACACCACAACUCAACCGUAACGUUGCAGCGUCUCUCCUCUCGGCACACGGUGGCAGCAGCCUGGUGUGGAUCCGUCUCCCUCAUCGCCAAGGGCCAACCGGAGCAGCACGCCCUGGUGUGUGUCCCCACCACAGAGGACCUCCAGCUGGUACGUGAGGAGCCGGGCUGCACAGGGCCCCAGGAGCCUCUACACACUGACCACUUCAAGAGCCGCGUCAAACGGCCACGCAAGAAGGACCACAACAAACCUGGAACCUCCUCCUCUUCCUCCGCCAAGCAGUCUGACCCUGCCUCAGUCCCUGGUGUCAACCCUGGUCCUGAUCCUAGCUCCUCCUCCAGCCUCACCCACCCCUCUUCCUCCUCUACCUCAGCCCCUAGUGUCAAUCCUGAUCCUAGCUCUUCCUCCAGCCUCACCAACCCUGAUCCUAGCUCCUCCUCCAGCCUCACCAACCCCUCUUCCUCCUGUACCUCAGCCCUGACUCUUGGUCUCUGGCCGGAGCCCCUUCCCAGCGUCACCUCCCACUGCUCCAGGGUGACUCUGGGCUGGGUGACCCAGGGGGACUUCUCCCUGUCGGCUGGCUGUGGAGAGGCUCUGGGGCUCCUCAGCCUUACUGGUCUCCUACACACCCUGCUCAGACAGCCUGACGGCCAGAGAGGACUGGUGCUUCGGAACCCCGGGUCACUGCAAUACCGUUUCGCUAAGAUCAACAUAGAGAUCUGAGGAGUACUGCAGGUUCAAUCCCACAUCACAACAGUACCGCUUCCCUAAGAUCAACAGAGGUCUGAGGAGUACUGCAGGUUCAAUCCCACAUCGCAACAGUACUGCUUCUCUACGUAAAGCCACAGACUGUGUUCUGAGUAAAACACUGUGCCAAGUGUGAGUCCUUCACCCCAACC